UUCCUCUUUAUUUCUCUCAUAACUUCACUUAGCUAGCUAGCUGCUUCCAACGACAUAUAAUAUAUACCAACACCUCACUUCACUUCCCAACUCCUCUACCUCUACCUUUCCAUAGUUGCAAGAAUGAAGCUAAGCCACUCUUCCAUAACUCUUCUCUCCUUAAUUUCUCUCCUCUUUCUCUCAUCAAUCUCAGCCCAAAUCUGCCAAAGAAGCUGUGGCAAACAAAUCCUCACUUUCCCAUUUGGUAGUGACCCUGGUUGUGGCGAUCCACGGUUCCAACAAUAUGUUAAUUGUGACCAACAAAAGCUCACCUUAACCACUCACACAGGUUGUUACCCUAUCACCAACAUUGACUACACAAACCAAGUCAUAUACAUCUCAGACCCUUCUAUGUCAACCUGUUCCUGCACACAACCAAGUAAAGGCUUUGGCCUAGAUGGGGAUGCACCCUUUACUUUUCAUGAUGAUACCAUCUUUGCUUUACUAGACUGUUCAGUCAGCUCUUCACCUAUAUACACAUUGAAUGGCCUAUAUGGUGAUGGAAACAACUCCAAAGCCCCUCUUUGUGAUAACCAAGGCACACCCAUUUGUAGUUAUUUAUAUUCUUGCACGCCUUUUAGUACCAUCAACCUUCCAAUCUCUACAUGUUGCAUUUAUGCUCCUGUGAAUCUUGGACCCUCGUUUGAAAUGGACUUAAAGAAGCUUCAGUGCACUUCUUAUUCUGGGCUUUACAGCUACAAUGGCCAGGAAUCCAACCCUGAAAAUUGGAAAUAUGGGAUAGCACUCAAAUAUAAGUUUAAUGUGAAUAAUGAGUAUCCAAGCUCAUGUGCUCAAUGUGAGAAGAGUCAUGGAGUUUGUGGCUACACUGGACCUUACAAUUCGUUUAUCUGCAACUGUCCUAACGGGCUCAACACGUCGUUGGAUUGUUUCUUUGGGUCAUCAUUUAAUAAUGGUUUGAGGCUUCUUCCAUGGAAGAAUGGGGCUUGGUUGAUGUAUAUUUUGGCAUGGUCAUUGGUUUGGGUCUUGUUGUAGCUUGUUGAUGGGCUAACGAACUUCAGAACAAAUUGUGAAGCUGAGACUUCUCCA